AUGAAACGGUUGUCACUCGAGGCGAAAAAGAGCAUCGUUCGGCAAUUUUCGCAACGCGGUAGCGAAGUUUCCAGCUUGAGUGAAAGUGAUGUGCCAAAUUCGGAGGAAAAAGUACGAGGUUGGUUGCAGAAAUCCGGCGAGCAGACAGAGGGAAACUUAAAAUCCACGUCAGCAGCAAGAGAUACCCGCAAAGUUCCGGAGAAUCCCGGAAAGGAAAUGUUCAGCAAUCUUCGUAAUCCAGUUCCCGGCACAUCAAGGACAGGCAACUACCGGUUCAUUGAGGGACCGAACGAAGCAGAUGAGGACGAGGAUGAGGAGGAUGGAGCCUGCAGUUUUCAUUCACGAGAAAUAAGGGGAAACACGGUUCGUGGUAGAGGCAAUGGUGCUGCCCAUCAUCAAGAUCUAGAUGGCCCAACAAGUCGUCAGCUAGCAGUACGGCAAGUCAUGGGGAAGGAUUUACCAACGUUUUCCGGGAAUCCAGAGGAGUGGCCGAUCUGGAUAAGCAACUUCCAGCGAUCAACAGAUACGUGCGGAUUCUCUAUGGAUGAGAAUAUGAUCCGACUUCAGCGCUGCCUCAAGGGACCGGCAAUGGAGAUGGUACGAUGCAGACUACUAUCCCCUUUAAGUGUUCCACACGUCAUUAAGGCAUUGCAGAUGCGGUACGGUCGACCCGAAACUCUGAUAAGAGCACUUACCGAAAAGAUUCGACAACUUCCUCCUCCAAAGAUGGAUAAUUUGGAGAGCAUCGUCGACUUCGGUAUGGCGGUGGAUAGUUUGGUAGAACAUUUGAAGAAUGCGAAACAACAGGCGCACUUGGCAAACCCGUCAUUGUUGCACGACCUGGUUGCGAAGCUUCCCGUGGAUUACCGUUUGAAGUGGUCAGCAUUUAAGAGUUCCAGUCCGUUAGUUAACCUCGGAACGUUCGGAUCAUUCAUGUCGUCACUGGUGGAGUUGGCGUAUGAUGUGAUGGAUGACCAACCGACUGUGAAGAUAACGAAAGGAGUUUAUCAAAAGCCCAAAGACCGGAGUUUCAUACACGCACAUGCUGAAAAUGUUUCGGCUGGGUCUACUUCCUCUUACAAUGGUUCUACUACUCCAACCAGCCCAGUGAAGAAGGUCUGUGCUGCCUGCAAGAAGGAAGGGCACAAGGUGACGGAUUGCUACAAGUUUAAGGCCAUGAAUAUCGACGAGCGUCUCAAAUUCGUCAGUCAGAACGUGCUCUGUAGGACCUGCCUAAAUCAACACGGCAAAUGGCCUUGCAAAACAUGGAAAGGAUGCGGAAUAGAAGGUUGCCGUCUUCGUCAUCACACGCUCCUGCAUUCUGCCACACCAGCGGUCCCAGCGGUAGUGUCCACGAGUCAUUUGAAACUCCAAAGUGGAGGGGGUCCAGUCUUCCGAAUUUUACCGGUGACGCUGUAUGGAAAACAAAGUCAGGUGAAUGUGUUCGCGUUUGUGGAUGAAGGCUCGCAAAUUUCUCUGUUGGAUGUUGCAGUGGCUGAACAGCUAGGAGUAACGGGUCCUACUGGGACACUUAAUCUACAGUGGACGGGAAAUAUUACUCGUGAAGAGCCGAACUCGCGUAUCAUCCAGAUGGAGAUCUCCGGGAAGUAUUCGGCUAAACACUUCAAGCUUGUGGACGCGCGUACGGUAGAAGGUCUCCGGCUGCCAUCACAAUCCUUGCGCUACCGGGAUCUAGUGGAAAUGUAUCCGUAUCUUCGAGGUUUGCCAAUUACCGACUACGAAAAUGUGACACCAAAACUUCUAAUUGGUCUUGACAACUUGAAACUCACGAUUCCACUCAAAGUUCGAGAAGGAGGUUGGGGUCAACCGAUGGCAGCAAAAUGCCGUCUAGGCUGGAGCAUCUACGGCUGUUCACGUUUCGCGACGGAAUCAUUCAGCUGUGGGUUUCAUGUUGGAGGAUGGACCAAUUCGGAAGGUGAUUUGAACCAACUCGUCCGGGACUACAUAACACUGGACAAUUCUGGUGUGCGACCUCCGCUCACACCUAUAGAAUCCGAGGAACAUAAACGGGCUCGACAGCUGCUCCAGGCCACGACUCGUAGAGUUGGAAAACGAUUUGAGACCGGCCUGCUAUGGAAGUGGGACAAUGUUCAAUUUCCGGAUAGCUACGGGAUGGCGCUUCGUCGGUUACGCUCUUUGGAGAAACGACUCACCAAGGAACCACAACUGUAUGAAUGUGUCCGUCAACAGAUGCGGGAGUAUCAGGAGAAGGGAUACGCGCAUCGGGCUACCGAGGAGGAACUCGCCAACACCAGCACAGGUAAGAGUUGGUACCUGCCCCUGGGAGUAGUCCUAAAUCCUAAAAAGCCAAACAAGGUUCGGAUUAUUUGGGACGCCGCAGCAAAAGUUAACGGAGUAUCGCUCAACUCAGCACUUCUGAAGGGUCCCGAUUACCUCGCCUCGCUAGUUGAAGUUGUCUACCACUUCCGUCUCUACACUAUCGCGCUGACGGGAGACAUCAAAGAGAUGUUUCAUCGCUUGUUUAUCCGGCAGGAGGACCGCCAAUAUUUGCGUUUUCUAUGGCGGGAUUCCGCAAAGUCAGAAGUAGAAAUCUACGUUAUGAACGUUGCAAUAUUCGGAGCAACGUGUUCCCCAAGCUCUGCGCAAUUCGUCAAAAAUGUGAACGCACAGGAGUUUCAGAGUGUAUCUUCCCGGGCAGUGAAAGCGAUUGUUCGAUAUCAUUACGUUGAUGAUUAUCUCGAUAGUUUUCCGACGGCAGAAGAAGCAGUGCAGGUGGGAGUUGAAGUUCGGUGGAUACAUGCGGAAGGGGGAUUCGAAAUUCGGAACUUUCUUUCGAACGAUCCAGUUGUUGCAGUGAAGGUUGGAGCAACAUCCAGUGAAACCGUGAAAACGAUCAAGCCGGAGAAAGUGGACAACGUGGAAUCUGUUCUUGGUAUGAAGUGGAUCCCGACCGGAGACGAACUCACCUACAGCUUCGUAGUACGCGCCGACAUGGAACAUGUGCUAGAGAUAAACCACACGCCAACAAAACGAGAAGUGCUACGCGUGGUGAUGAGCUUGUUUGAUCCACUAGGAUUAAUCAGUCAUUUCGUGAUUCACGGAAAAACUCUAAUGCAAGACAUCUGGGCAUCGGGAGUAGACUGGGACGAACCCAUCAGUAACGAACUAUGCGAACUAUGGCGGCGCUGGAUAGCACUUCUGCCGAAGCUGAACUCCAUUCGGAUUCCUCGCUGCUAUUUUACAGCAGCGGAUUAUCAGACGUAUUCGUCACUUGAAGUCCACGUCUUCGUGGAUGCCAGCAAGUCAUGUUACGCCAGUGUUGUCUAUUUCCGAGUAGAGACCGAGGAAGGCAUGAAGGUGGCAUUAGUAGCCGGAAAAACGAAGGUUGCUCCGUUAAAAAUGAUGUCCAUCCCGCGAUUGGAGCUUCAAGCUGCUGUAUUGGGCACCCGAUUGCUCAACAGUGUCGUUGCAAUGCACAAUCUUGCUGUCAGCCGUCGCGUAUUGUGGACAGAUUCCCAGACAGUGCUUGCUUGGUUGCGGUGCGAUCACCGAAGAUAUCAACAGUUCGUGGGUUUCCGGGUAGCUGAGAUUCUAUCCACAACAGAUCUACAGGAGUGGAGGAAGAUAGAAACCGAGCGUAAUGUGGCGGAUCUCGCAACGAAAUGGGGCAAAGGACCGAUCUUCGACGAAAGUAAUCCUUGGUUUCAUGGACCGAAGUUCCUACUGGAACCAGAAUGUCUGUGGCCGACGCAGGAGAUGGUGCCGUGUACCACAAAUGAAGAAAUUCGCCAUGUAGGCAUGCACGUGAUGCAGUCAACACUGCUCAUCGAAACCGGAAGAUUCAGCAGCUGGGAAAAACUACACCGCACCGCAGCGUGGGUUCAUCGAUUCGUAAACAACCUUAAAAGCAAGAAGCAAGGCGUUCAGCUGGAGUUAGGUGAACUGAAGCAGGAAGAACUAGCUGACGCAGAGAUCACUCUGUACAAACAAGCGCAGCAAGAAUAUUACACCGAUGAAAUCAUGCAACUCAGUGGAAAGGAAGAAGCGAUACAGUUUCGUCAUUCGGCGGUAUCCAGAUCCAGCAGAAUUUUCAAGCUGUGGCUGUUCCUGGAUCAAUUCGGAGUGCUGCGGAUGCGAUGA